GGUCAGAAUCACCCACUAUGUUAUGUUGUGUGUCGGUUCCUUCCUAUUUCAUUCUCCUCACUCACUCUUUCUCUCUGCAUGUCGGUCAUUCUCUACUCUCCACUACUUCCUCGUCUUCUUACCAUCAUAUUCUAUUCCCCUCUCUCUCUCUCUCUGGUAUCUUGGAGCCUGAUAACGGUUCGUCGGUUCCUUGUCUCUCAUUGAUUCGUCAAGAUUUGAUCAAUUCUCUUAUAGAAAAGCAUUCUCUCUCUGUUUCUGUUGCUCCACUUCACUACAUCUGUGUUGUGUCUCUGGGUCUUUUGUCUGGGAUCUCUUCCUUAAAUGCAAUACCUAUUUUUGCUACGGCUACAUUUCUCUUACAUCCUUCAUUUAUCUCGCUAUCUGAGCCCCACUUUAUUCUGAUUCCUCUUCGCCAAAUUAUUAGGGUUUUGGUGUGACAGAGGAGAGUAUAUUUUGUUGCUUAAAAUAGCCCACGUAGACCAAGUGGUUAACUCUAUUUCGUCAAUUUGGCCCGCCUUUCUGGGUUUGUUUUAGUUCUUCAAAAGCAGUGAUAGAGAUGGUGGAUCUCAGUGAAAAGGGAUCGGAGUCUGAAGACAUGAACAUAUCAUCGGAAGAAGGCCAGAGGAACGAGGCCAAGAAGAGCUGUGCCGAUUGUGGGACGACAAAAACCCCUUUGUGGAGAGGUGGCCCAGCUGGGCCUAAGACCCUCUGUAAUGCAUGCGGGAUCAGAUACAGGAAGAAAAGGAGGGCUGUCCUGGGUUUCAAUAAAGGGGGACCCGAGAGGGAGAAAAAACCUGCUGCUGCUAAGAAUAAAAAGCUGGGUGUCUCAUUGAAGCAGCUGAGGCUGCUAACAUUGAGAAGAGAAGUUUGGUUAGAGAGAUGGACGAUAGCGAAGCAAAGGAAAUUGGGGGAAGAAGAACAGGCGGCCGUACUAUUGAUGGCUCUGUCUAUGCAUAGAAAACGGGAAAAAGAAACCUGACCACUAAUACAGUAAUACCUCCUUUUUUGUAUUUUCUCUUGGUUGAUGUUACUCUUCAGUAUCCGGGCCCCUCUCCCAAUCUGUUCUUUAUUUUUUUUGUUUUGAUUUUGUUACAAAGACAAAGAGAAUGGAAUUUGAGUUCUGAAGCGGAGAAGAAGAAAGCAGAUUGGAUGGGGGAUGUGACAUGAACGGAUGGAUUGGAAGCCACAGAUAGGGGCAUGUUUUGCUAACAUAAUAUUACUGUUUAUUAUUAUUAUUUUUUUUUUUGUUCAAGUGUAUGAAAAUGAUAAUGUUGGCAGUGUAUAUGAGGACCUUUGAUAUCAUUUUUACGUUA